AGAGCCCUUCAGUUUUCCUGGUGUCUCGCUCUCCCUUCUCCUGCCCACAGCUUUCCUCUGCUCUCCCACUGGGUGGAGGAGACUGCCAGCGCCCGGCUGAUGCUAUGAUUGAGCUGUCUGAGCUCGAACGAAACCCCAGCGAGGCAGUGCCUCUGAACGGGACGGUUCAGCAAGAGACCUGUCUCCAGGUGGAGUACCCCGAGCCAGCCCAGGCCAGACAACAAAACCCCUGGCAAUUCUGCAAUGAACCUGUGAAGGCUAAGUAUAAACUGUGGAUGGCAAUUGUUUCUAUCUUCAUAGGCCUCAUUGUAAUGAUUUUUAUAAGUUUGAUUAUCCAUGAAGCAAGCUACAGAGAUGAAGAUGAAAAUGAAAUACUUGAAUUAACAUCUAAUAAAACAUUCUUGGUCACACUAAAGAUUCCAGAAGAUUGUGUGGCUGAAGAGGACACGCUAUCUAAUGAGCUCAGUAAAAGGCUCACAAAUCUAUACAGUUCAUCUCCAGCUCUGAGCCGAUAUUUUGCUGCAGUUGAAAUAGCUGACUCCAGUGACAAUUCCAGCGUGGCAUACCACCUCCACUUUGCUGUUCCAUCGGGGGAUGACAUCUUUAUGAAGUACAUGAUGAGCGAGGAAUUAGUGCUGGGCAUUUUACGUCAACAUUUUCAUGAUCAGAAUGUAUCAGACUGUGAAACUCUGGGCAUUGAUCCAGCUUCUCUCUCACUCUCCUUGAAAUGGAGUCAGACCCUUGGUUUUUGAAGUCCAUAGUCUUCUAAGUAUCUGUUACUUUUCUGGAAAGGGGAAACUCUUUUCAAUUUUAGAGACAGAAAUCUGCUAACAGCAUCAUUCUGAAGACCGUUAACUACAUAGUCAAGCCUUGUUCUUUGGAUUCCUUAUCCUACCAUGGUUGAGCAGUCCACUUGACUCUUCCUGUUAUGGGGCAGAAGAACAGACUGUUAUUACAGCCACAGAGAUAUGCUCUCCACUGUAAGGAGGACAAAGAAAAUGUCAUCUCCUGCAGCGAGUCGGGAUACUGUGUCCCUCUGAAUAGCAGAAUAGCACCCAAAUAGCCCCAGCUGUACAAGGUUGCAAAGGUGGAUGGGAGUGAGAGGAAACUCUUGUGCAUGUGUUCAGUGGCCUGUCUCCUCACCAAAUAAGAGCAUUUCUUAAGCACAUUUUUCCCCUAGUAUGUCGCAGCUGCAUUUCCAAUUGUCAUUUGAAACAACCCUCGUAGGCAAUUGGUAACGCACUCCUCCACUGGGCCCCUGAUGGGGGAAAGAAGGCUUGAAAUUUCCUCGUGAUGAAGGGAAGAAUUGAGUCAAUUACUGUAGGUUUCUGGACAGCAGAUGGGGAAGAUAUAUUCUACCUCUUAGCACAGGUGUGCUUUACUUUGGGGUAGUGCAAAGUAUUGAGUAAUAAAGCUAUGAUCACAUAGAUGAGAUAGAAGGCCCUAGCAUACUGUUUGCCCUGCUAAUUUAUGGUACCUUAUGUCUGUUCUGUAACACAGCCUUCUUUUUCUAAUAUAUUUCAGUAUCUUGAUUCUGGUAUCUGGGUUACCCUAUUUGGGAACUCAGGGCAGCUAUGUGGCACAAUGGAUAGAUGGCUGGGCCUAGAGUGAGGAAGACUCAUCUUCCUGAGUUC